AUGUCGCGCCCUUCGCCAGCAGCGUCGGACGACGCGGCUUCAGGCGGCCUGAUAUGGACCCCGCACGGCCCUGUGCUUCGCAUGGAGGACGCGGUCGUAGAGACUGUUGUCACACACACGACCCGCACCACUACGUCGUUUGCUCCCAUUCCGCUGCCCCGUAUUCCUGUUCCCGAGUCAAUCCCUGUUCCGCACCACCUUGCGUUAAAGGACGAGUACCCACUGGCCGCCGAGCCAACGCCCGAGGACCUCAAGUACCUCGCGCUCAACCUCGGCGGCCACCGUGUUCUCGUCCAGGAAGAUGGCAGAGUGAUGCCCGAAGACGGAAAUAUCCCUGGCGAGACAUGUGGACCCGGCUGGACAAGAUCGCUGCCGAGCACCAGCGACCAUGAGCGCGUCGGGCUCGCUGGAUUUCUUGCCAACACGGCUACUACCACGACAACAACAACAACGUCUGCAAAGGGCAAGGAGCGCAAGAGACCACAUGAGUUUAGUCGACCUACCACCUCUGGCGGUAGGACAGACGAUGACGAGGAGAUGAAGCCGUCGUCGUCGUUGGCGGGAUUUCUUCGCGCCAGGUCACCGCCGAGGAAGAAGGCUCGCGCCAGCGACGCUGCCUUGUUGGACCGCGCUAUGAUGACCAGUCCCACUACAAGUGACGAGAUGGCCGAGUCGAGCGCUGUCGUCGCCUCCUCUACUGUGCCACAGCAGGCGUCUCUGGGCUCGGGUCUCGAGAUGGCCGCCCUCUUCUCCCUGCCCGCCAUUGUCCAGCACUUUGAUCAGCUGCCCGACAAGAUUCAGCAGCAUGUGCUCAUGCACCUGUUCAGGAGGUCACGCAUGCCGACUAUCCAGCGCAUCUCUGCCUUUGCGUCCACGGCCCUCAAGCGUGACUUUGUCGGUUCGCUGCCGCACGAGGUCGCAAUUCAAAUCCUGCGCAAAGUGGACGCAAAGAGUCUUGCAACCGCAGCCCGUGUGAGCCGCAAGUGGCGCAAGAUGAUCGAUAGCGAGCGGUCCGUGUGGCGCACUCGUCUUGUCCAGCAGGGACUGUGGUACGGCCAUGGUGUCGAAGAGGAAGAGGAGAAACGUAUCAAGAGCCGCUGGGAGAUACUCGAAUGGAAGGCUCGCCAUCCACGCGUGACCAAGGCUGGUACACCAAGUGACGACGAACCCAUGCUCCCCCUGUCCGAACCCAUGCUCCAGGCUGCCGAGGACCGCCCCACGGCCCUCAAGCAUGUCUACCGCCGGCGUCACGUGAGCAACCGCAACUGGCUGCACCGUAAGCCGCAACAUACGUCGUUUGCCGGUCACGGCAUCAGUGUCGUCACCUGCGUCCAGUUUGACGAGGAGAAGAUUGUGUCGGCAUCAGACGACCACUCGAUCAAUAUCUACUGCACGAAGACUGGCCAGCUCAAGAAGCGUCUCGAUGGACACGAGGGUGGUGUCUGGGCGCUAGAGUACAAGGGCGACACGCUGGUGAGCGGCUCUACGGACAGGACAGUACGCGUGUGGGACCUGGAGUCUUUGCAGCAGACACACGUCUUCUUCGGCCACACCUCCACCGUCCGCUGUCUGCAGAUUGUCGAGCCAGUCUUUGACGAGGCGACCGGCGAGUACCAGCCCCCAUACCCCAUGGUCGUGACGGGCUCGCGUGACGCCAGCCUGCGUGUCUGGAAGCUCCCCAAGAAGGGCGAGCCAGCGUACAUGUCCCUCUCUCCGACUCCUGGCACUGACAUACACGCCCCACCUGAACAAAACCCUUAUCACGUCCACCACCUCGAAGGCCACUCCGAGGCCGUCCGCGCCUUGGCUGUUCACGGCCGUAUCUGCGUCUCUGGCUCGUACGACAAGACUGUCCGCGUGUGGGAUAUCGUCAAGGGCACGUGUAUCCACGUUCUCUACGGCCACGAGCAUAAGGUCUACUCUAUUGUUUACGAUCGAUUCCGUAACCGCUGCGCUUCGGGGUCGAUGGACAACACGGUCAAGGUCUGGGACAUCGCCACGGGUACCUGCCUGCAUACGCUCACCGGCCACACGUCGCUCGUUGGUCUCCUGGGUGCCUCACCAAGCUACUACGUGUCAGCUGCUGCGGACGCCUCCUUACGUGUCUGGGACGCUGAGACACACGAGCUGAAGCACGUCCUCGCCAGCCACGCCGCGGCUAUCACAUGCUUCCAACACGACGAGACCAAGGUCGUCUCCGGCAGCGACGGCACGCUGAAGCUCUGGGAUAUCCGCACCGGUACCAACGUGCGCGACCUCAUUACGGGUAUCAGCAGCGUGUGGCAAGUGGCAUUCCACGGCAGCCUCCUCGUCGCCGCCUCUAAUCGUGGCGGCAGCACUGUCUUUGACGUGUUCGACUUUGGCGCCGAUCCCGAUCCAUCGGGUAUCGACGACGAACGCCUCGACACCCUCCGCCGCAAGCCAUGGGAGAGGGGGAACCCUAGGGAACCCCAGACAUACCAGUGCGACGACGACGACAUGGACCGCGGCGUCCUCUCCGACUCGCUUGACCUCGAAGACGCGUGGACCGCAGACAGCACCGGCGUCUCGCCCGACACGGCGGAGCGAUUGCGCACCUUGGACGUGCGCACUGGCCGUGACACUGUACCCUCGUCCCAGAGCCAAAGGAGGCUGCGCAAGGUGCACGGCCUGCGUGAGCAGCGGACCUCUGACGAGAGCCUCGGCGCAGCCAGUACGUCAACGGCGGUCUCUGGACCCUCUGGGCGUCGCCUGUACCUCCCCCUAGACAUGGCCUCAGCCUUGCGCGGUUCAGACCACCAGAACUCGUGGUUUGACGAUUCGAAAGAGGAGGAAGAGGAAAUCGAGGAGCAGGCCGAGGGAGACGAGAUGGCCUCGGGGUCGGGGUCGGGGUCGGGCUCUGGAUCCGGGUUUGCGGCUUCGGCUUCUGGAUCUGGCUCGGGUGAGGGCGACGACGAGGCGAUGGAGGACCUCGAGUAA